GGACCCUUGUUGUUGUACGCGUAACGGCGUUUUUAUUUAGGACAAACCUUUGAUAACGAUAAGAUUUCUCUUAUAAGUUGAGGAACUAGUGUUUAGACUUUAAUAACGGUCAUAUUCUGUGUCAACUGGUCAGUAUGUUGUGGAAGGCAUUGUUUAUCCUUGUUGCUUGGCAACACUGUUGCCAUGGCGAAACUUUGACUAUGAAGCUUCUACAACACUGGGACACAAACUGGGAAGGCCAAUUCACUGUUCCAUUACAGAGUAACGUCCUCGGUUGGGAACUAAAAAUAAACUUCAGCGUUCCCGUAUCUGGUAUUCAGCAAUGGGACGGCGAGUGGUUGGUCAAAGAUCCCAAAGGAAAAUAUUUCGUGCUCCUUAAUAAGGUAGACAAAGGUUAUCACGCAGCCGGAACUACACUCAAAAUUAGAAUGAUGGGAAAAUUCAGCGGAAGUACCCCACCGACUGCAACAGCAGAAUUCACUGACCUUACCGGUGACACCCAAACCGUUCCACCGGUUCAUAUACCAUCAGGACAACAGCACACUGACUACAAUUACGAAGAAGUCCUUGUAAAGUCGUUGUUAUUUUAUGAAGCGCAGAGAUCCGGAAAACUUCCGGCAAAUAACCGCAUCCCGUGGCGUGGUGACUCCGCCCUUGGAGAUCAAGGAGCAAAUGGGGAGGAUUUGACAGGGGGGUAUUAUGACGCCGGGGAUCAUGUAAAGUUUAACUUCCCAAUGGCUUACACCACCACAAUGCUUGCAUGGGGAUAUCUAGAGUGGAAGGACGCAUACACCCAGUCUGGGCAGCAUCAACAAAUACUCGAUGCUAUAAAAUGGCCUCUAGACUACUUACUUAAGUGCCACGUUGCUCCACACGAGCUUUACGUGCAGGUAGGUGAUGGGGGACAGGAUCAUGGGUUCUGGGGUAGACCAGAAGAUAUGAAAAUGCCUCGACCAGCCUUUAAAAUCACGGAAUCAAAACCCGGAAGUGACGUGGCCGGUGAAACCGCAGCAGCAAUGGCGGCUGGUUCCCUUGUAUUCAAGCAUAUUAAUGCAACAUACGCCAAUAUUCUUUUAACUCAUGCCAAACAACUCUACGAGUUUGCAACACAGUUCAAAGGAAAGUACAGUGACAGUGUAAGCGCUGCCGCAGGCUUCUACAGAUCAGGUGACUACCAAGACGAGUUAGGAUGGGCCGGUGCAUGGUUAUAUGAAGCUACGGGAGAGAACACAUACCUGGCUGACGCCGAAGCUAACCGUGUCAGUGGUGCCGGCUGGGGCGACUCCUGGGAUGACAAGACUACUUACACAAAUGUUUUGUUGUACAAGCUUACAAAAAAGGACAUUUACAAAACUGAUGUGGAGGCAACGUUUACUGACUGGAUGCCCGGUGGUACCCUUGAGUAUACCCCAGGUGGCAUGGCUUACAGACUGCAGUGGGGAACCCUCAGAUAUACAGUAAAUAUGGGUCUUGCGGCUAUGAUGGCGGCAGAUGCAGGGCUUCACGCCAAACAGUACCGAUGUUGGGCGCUCAGCCAAAUCAAGUAUGCCCUAGGAGAUAAUCCGGCACAUCAUAGCUAUGUUGUUGGCUUCGGCGCCAAUGCUCCUGCAAGGCCUCAUCAUAGAUCCAGUUCGUGUCCAAGUAUGCCUGCACCUUGUGGUUGGGACGAACAGAAAAAUCCAGGUCCAAAUCCCCAUACCUUAUACGGUGCUCUUGUCGGCGGACCAGGAAAAAGUGACGAUUAUAAAGAUGAUAGGAACGAUUAUGUGAAAAAUGAGGUAGCUUGCGACUAUAACGCUGCAUGGCAGUCCGCUAUAGCGGGUGUAAUCCACCUUGCGUUGCAACAGAAAUUGCCAACCGAUUGUUCGUAAUUGUUCGUGA